UUUACUAUCAUUCCUGUCGUAACUAAUUAUUCCCCGCUAACCUGUUGGCUACAUUAUCAAACAACUCCUGGACAGAAAACCAUGAGUGAACCACCUAAAGUCACAAACUAUAAUCCCAACGAACCGAGACGCAUUACUCCAGACAACUCCAGCUCUAUAGACUCGAAUCCCCUCGGGGACCCAAUGAAUGCUGGACCGUCCAACUUCAAUAAGGACAUCAACAAUCCAGAAUCGGACAACAGCAACAAACGGCGCCGCUCAUCCCCCCCAUCGUCCGAACCGCCCCGAGUCCAGCUGGCCUGCUUCUACUGUCGCACCAAGCGAAUACGAUGUAGCGGGACCAAACCAAGAUGCGAAGGGUGUAUAAAGGCGGAUGUAGAGUGUGAAUGGCCGGCGGCGAGGGCGAAGAAGAGAACGAAAAAGGAGAUGGAGGAGGCGAGAAGGGCAGAGAGUGAGAGGAAUGCGACUGCUGCUGCUGCUGCUGCUUCUUCGACAUCGAAGUCUAAUGGGACGCCUGUAUACAAAGAACAGGUCACUGUCUUCAGUAAUGGAAGUCUUCAACAACCAGAUUUGCUCAACAAUCAGUUAAAUUACUGGUCAAAUCCCGCCACAUCUUCUCAAUACCUCUGGCCACCCGAUCUCUCAACCUUGCCUAGCAUUGAACCAGCGUCCGACGAUACCAACCAAGCAGCGUCAAAUGUAUCCCAAAUACAUCAAAUGACUCAAUCAGGCCAGUUGUCCAUUGACCCCAAUUCGGCAGCACCGGAUGUCAAGUUAACACCCGGGGGGGAGAUGGUACCGUCAGUAUCAAUAUCAAUGUCAAAUAACGGCAAUCCUGCAUCAGGACAAGAGUUCCAGUUUUUAACGGGGAAUGAAUGGUCCCCCAAUACGGAUUGGAAGAUUGCAAGCGCGUUGGAAAGCCAAACAGCUUUCAUCAGUGGUAACCCGGGGGAAGGGGAUGAUUUGGAGCUGUUCUAUUAUCGAUUCUCCGGCUCAACCGCCAUUCACCCUGGUAUUAAUCGUGUAAGCCUAAAGCUUCAGCGACGUGAUCCAUCUUUUCCACCUAUGGCCACCGCUCCGCAACCUACAAACGAAUCACCAUCUGCGGACUCGUCAUAUCUUGGUCUCGACCUCUUUGACGCCACAGGUAUGCCGCAUUCACACGUCUGGGAACCUCUAUUCGACCUUUUCUUUAAGCAUAUGAGUCAACAUUUCCCGAGCUGUAGUCGCCAACGUAUGAUGGAAAGGUUCCAGACAGGUACAAUGAGUCAGUUCUUGGCGUGCUGUAUCUGUAGUUUGGGCGCGCGUUUUAGCGAUGUCAAGGACCGAGCGUGGGCGGCUGCAUCAUUCAUUGCUAAAGCACAAGAGCUUGUCCCGCCUCUUCUACAUCUCCCAACACACGAUGUUCUCACGGGCAUGCUUUUCCUCGCCUGGUCAAAUUACGGCCAAAAUUCGGACAGCGGUCUGUGGCAGUACUCUGGUAUGGCCAUCCGCAUGUCAUCCGAUCUCGGCGCACAUGAAGUAUCUGAACUCUACGAAUCACCCGCACAUUACGCUCGUAAUCAACUGAUGUUUUGGUCAUUAUUCGUCACUGAUCGUGUGGUGGCGUUUGCCACCGGUCGACCGGCAAGUAUCCCGGAAGAUAUCAUCGAAAUACCUUUACCAAAGGACGAAGACUUUUUUCCUGAUCCGGCACGAAACUUGCCUGAUUCCCCGUUCGAACCUGUCGAGCCCGUACCCUUUGUCCAGCUGGUAAAGCUCAUGGUCAUCGUCGGACGGAUAUCCAACGUUCUCAAUGGCCGGCGCGGCCGUGCACUUACCCUCGUCUCCACCUCUGAACCCUUACCCGAGCUCCUCGCAGAACUUCAACUUCGCCUUGUCACAUUCUACUCCAACUUGCCCGACUCUCUAAAAUGGAGUGCAGACAACUUUAAGCAUCAGCACACGCGUGGACAUUCAGGCACUUUUCUGACAUUACAUCUCUGGGCCAAUGCGGUGUUAGCAUUGAUUUAUCAUCCAGAGUUGUUGAAGAGCCCGAGUGGGGUUGAGACGCCGUUGAACAGGAGUAUGCCGAGGAAUGUACAGCUGAGUCUGGCAAGUUCAAGGCAGAUCGUGGAGUGUAUGAUCUUUGCGGACUUGGUGGAUUCUACCAGCUAUACUUCUUCCCCAUACCUCGCUCAACCCCUUUUCGUCGCCGCUAUGGCCUUUAUCCACGAGAUGCGUUCUUUACAAGCAAACAUGGAUCCCGCCGACAUGCCACCGUUCUCUGGCGCCGCAUCUGGCAAUAACGACAGUAGCAACAACAAUAAUCUUCAUCCCAAAAGUCAAUCUUCCAAUGCUACGGACAUGCUCAUGUUGUCCAUGGCGAAGCAAAACUUUAGCACGCUAUUGAAUGCGGUACAUAAGAUGGAAGAGUACUGGGCAGGGGUGAACUAUGUUGCUACCUUGUUGGAAAAACGAUCCGGUUUUCCAAGACCUAGCUCCAAAGUUUCUACCAAGACAUUCAUCUCUCUCCCGGACAAGGGACUGUUGAAACGUUUCACCGCCGAUCCUCAACACCCUCAAAGCGUCGCGCCUCCGACAGAGACUUCGCUGAGGGAUGCCAUCUCUCGUAGCGAACGAGCUUCGAGUACGAAUUCAUUUGGGCUCACUCCAUUGUGGUUAUCUGAUUUCAUGUCUGGCUAUACGGUCGAGAACAUGUCUUUCGCUCCGGCUGAUAAUGUGGAUCUUGAGAGAUUGUUGGCAUCUCGGGGAGGAGAACAGGGGGGUGGUUUCAAGCAGGACAACAACAUGUCUUCUCUUUAAUUUCUUUUCUUUAAUCGUCAUCCUAUUUUUACGUGUAUUUGGAAAUACAGUGGGUCCCUGUCUGGGAUAACUUAUUGGAACAACAUAUCUAGGGUUUGUACGUGUACAAGUGUAAUGCGACUUCAUACAAAAC